AUGAUCAACGCCGAUGGCUUCUCAAAAUGCGAGGCGACUCUGCAGGACAGGGGCAGGAGGAGGAGGCCACCCGCAGAGAUGCUCCAUCUGCUGUCAGCUGUUAUUGUCUGGCUGGUGACGGGGACCACCAUCUCCAGCCUCAACAAAUGGAUAUUCGCCGUCUACAACUUCAGGUACCCCCUGCUGCUGUCAGCGCUGCACAUGCUGACAGCCAUCGUGGUGGACUAUGGGCUGAUCAAGCUGCAGGUGAUCCGCCACAGAGGAGCAGGAGAGCAGGACCUGACCCCCAGCGCCAAAUGUAAGGUGUUCCUGUUGAGUCUGACAUUUUGUGCCAGCAUCGCCUUCGGGAACAUGGGUCUGAACUAUGUCCAGCUGUCAUUCGCACAAAUGAUCUACACCACCACCCCGCUAUUUACUCUGGCCAUCUCCACGCUGAUCCUGGGCAAGCAGCACCAUAUCCUCAAAUACACAGCCAUGAUGCCCAUCUGCCUGGGGGCGUCCUUCAGCAUCAUGGGAGAGGUCCAGUUCGACCAGACCGGCUGCUUCUUUGUGUUCGCAGCGACCAUGUUGAGGGGUGUCAAGUCCAUUCAGCAGAGCAUCUUACUCCAGGAGGAGAAAAUCAACUCGGUGUUCCUGCUCUACCUGAUGUCCAUUCCAAGCUUCUGCAUCUUGGCCGUGGCCGCUCUGGCCUUAGAGAACUGGGCAGUGCUGGAGUCGCCGCUGCAUUACGACCGUCACCUGUGGGUCUUUAUCUUGCUCAGCUGCAUCGGCUCGGUCAUGUACAACUUGGCCAGCUGCUGCGUCAUCACGCUCACCUCUGCCGUCACUCUGCACAUCCUCGGCAACCUGAGCGUGGUGGGGAACCUGCUGCUGUCUCAGCUGCUGUUCGGCAGCGAGCUGUCUGCCCUCAGCUGUGCCGGCGCGGUGCUGACGCUGUCUGGCAUGCUCAUAUAUCAGAACUCUGAGUUUAUCGUGAGCUACAUGGACGCACGCAAGGCCAAAGCUCAAAAGUCUGGACAGAUGGAUUUUCACACUGCGGGUGGAGAGGACUUGGACAAAGCUGGUGGCGCGUCUGAACCCACAUAUCAUCAGCAGAGACUGGACGGGAAACUGGAAGACAAGACGGACUGAACUGAAUGGAUGAAGGAGAGAAUAAAGCAUUGAAGGCUAAAUGAUAAAGUGUGUGUGCUCUCCUCCUUCGAGCAGCAGAAGGAGUGUGACCGUAUAAUGCCAACGUCACUGAUGAUAGUUUUUAUUUUCUGACUUCCUCACUGUGCCAAUUCAUUCAUCACGCAGGACUGGAGUCUGCAGAGAGGACAGAGGUUGCCUUUAUCUAUCACGGUGACGGUUACAAUUCUCUCCUUCAUCUGUAAAGCACUCAUCCAUAGCCUAUUGUGGUAUAUGCAUGCAUGAGCACACUGAACUGUUUGUUACCUCAUGAGGUACUCACACUGUCACUCAUACUACUCCACUGUGAAAACCUUCUCAUUUACAGAGGGCUCUAAUCGAUGGUUAUGGUGGCUGUCGUGGAUAUUGGCAGGCCUCAGAGAGCCUUGUGUGAUGCUUAUGGGGGCGUGGCUUAGAGAGCCCUCUGCCUCAAAUCUGAUAGGGCACAAUUUGUAUUAAAAAUAUAUAUUGAUAGUACUGUUACCUGACAUUCACCCAGCCCUGUCAUCAUGGUAAGGAACUGGGUUUGUGGCAGCUUUUUUUUUUUCUUUUUUUUUUUUUAAUUUGUGAAGCGGGAAGCUUGUGAAAUUAGAACGCUAAGACUUUUGUCCAGUAAAGUACAAAGCCAACAUUUCUGUGCAAUGAGAUGCCUCUUUUUCUCUACUGAAGCACAUUUGAUAAGAGGCCUGAGCUCCGUGUUGUUGUCCGUCCCCUAUGAGCCUCAGUGUGGCUUCCCCACUUAAGGGCCUACAUUUUGUUCUCAAGCCGGUCUCUGUAGAGUUUGUCCAAUUAUUUCCACCUUUUGCAACAGUGCGCUCACUGCAGCGCUCCACGAUAAUUAGGUUUGCGGGUCCUCUAAGGAGUCUCACUCAACUUUAGCUGCCUCUUCCCUGUGGGGGAGAGGAGGAGAAAGAAUAUUGAGCUGUCCUUUUAACGUUGCUUCUUAGAUCCUAACCCGUGUCGCUUGUCAGGUUUAAUUUCUUUCCCUUUUUGUGGGUGACGUUUUUAAAAACAGUAGUUACCAGCACAUAUCAAAAAAAAAAAAAAAAACAGACCUCUGCUGGACAGUGUUAUGUUUUCGCUCAGUGUUUGAAAGGCAUUUUCUUGACGUGAUCUUAUUUUGUGACAUAUUUUAUUCCCCUUUUUAAUAUUUACAUGGAAAAAAAAAACUAUUUAUUUUUUGAAUGGCCAUAGGAAUCACUGGCUUUGUAAUGCUGUAGAUUUUUGGUCCUGAAGUGUCUUGCACAUGCACACAUGUCAUAUUGGAUGGCGCUCGUCUCUCCUGUCCUCUCCUUUUAGAGAGGUACGCCAGGCAGAAGACUGCAUGCCGCUGCUCCCGAAAAACAUCUUCAAUGAUCCGGGAUGUCUGUUACUCUACACUCCCUCCUACAUGUAUCAUAUGCCAAAUGUUACUUUGACAGUUUUUUUUUUUUUGUUUUUUUUAAUAUCAUUCUGUGUUGUAAUAAUGGUUCUGACACACUCGCACACAGUUUGAGUUCUCACAAGAAGAACAAAGCCAUACAUUGAAGAUGUUUUUCAUGACAUCUGCCACAUUUUCUGCAUAUUUUGCCAUUAAAAUAAUGCUGGCAGGUAGAGCUGCAACCAACCAUUAUUUUCAUUAUCGAUUUAUCUUCCAGUUAUUUUCACAAUUAAUAGUUUUUCUAUAAAACAUCCUCACAAUUUCCAAUUUUCUAUUAUCCACCUAACAGUCCAGACUAAUCAUUUACGAUCAUAAAUGACAUAAAAAGCAGCAACAGAAUAAAAAGCAGUAAUUGACCCUUCUGCUUGAAAAAUAACUGAAGUGAUGGAUCAAUUAUUUAAAUAACUGGCAACUCAUUUUCUUUUGAUCAACUAUUACUGCAGCUCUCCAAGCCCAAAUGUGUGUUUAAAACUUUUUCACUUGAUGUGUCACUGAUAAUAUUUUAAAGGUGCCAUUCAUAAAGUUACAUGAGCAUCAUAUCAUAUUAACGUUAGACUGUAAAUCCCAGGUCAAUUAAGAAAGGCGCAAGAAAGAUAAAUGUUUAUUUUGGCCAUUUUGGUUCAAUAUUUUAUCAGGCAGCGGUCUUCCAAGGAUUAUGUACAGCAGAUCAGUUCACUGGUUUUACAUUAUUGAAUACCUCAGCUGUUAAAUAGGACUUGUUAUGCCCUUGUGUUCAUAGAUUAUUAAUUAUUGGACUGAGAUCAAGCUGCUGUUCAGCGACCACAAUAAAACUGCAGCAUGUGAACAAUGAAUUUUAUGGCGUUCAGUGGAGAAGAGCCAUCUGAUCACAGAUGUCAACAUAUAUCUAACACCUCAGCGCCGUUUAUUAGUUUUUAGGUCUUUGUUUUUAACCGCCACAAACGUUUGCAGCUUCAGCUGCUUGUUCUCACGUUGUGCAGAUUGUGAGUCCGGGGCAAAGCAACUUUUGCACUGACGAGGUACGAAGACGCUGCCCUCAAAGCCUCCUGUGUACAUACUGAUUUUUGAUUGUUUGCAAAGCUAGUCGGGUGUAAAUAGUUAUUUUAUUAUAUUUAUGUAUUUUAUAGUCAUUUAUGGCUGGUUUAAGCUAUACUGGUUUAAGAAUGAAACGAUUGCCUCAAGCCUUAUUUGGACAUAAUGCAGAUGAGAGGGGAGUGAUUUGAUUUGUCAUUUUGUCAACAACAAAAAAAAAAACUUUGUUAAUACUUUGAAUGCCAACAGCAGCCACAGGUGCUUCUGUCUACGGCGAGAAGAUGUGGCCGAUUCAUACACAUGUGAUCUGCAACUGCUUGAAUAAAACUGAAAUGGACUGGUACAAUAAACACCAACCAAACCAAAACACCUCAUCACUGAGUCAGAGCUGUUGCCAUUUUUUUUUUGUUUUUUCAGAUACUUUAAUUUUCUGUUUACAUGCAGAAACAUUUUUAAAAAUAUUCAGGAAUAGACAAUACAUUAUGAUCACUGAAAUGUUAAGAUAAAACUUUUAACGUGCUACAAGAAGAUUUUAAGUGGUUAUGUUUCAGUUUAAUAAUGAUCCUGGUAUAUGACCUGAAAAUAAGACAGAA